AUGAAAUUCAGCUUACUGUACAUUCUAUGCAUUCUAUAUUUAUUCGUUAUUUUAAUAAACUCCUCAGACGAUUUAGUGUACGAAAAAACAAAAAGAUUUGUAAACGAAGCUGACGAAUGCUCUCAGGAAGAUAUAAAUUUCAUGGACGAAUACACCACAAAAUUAUACUGGAUAUGGACAAAUAACUUUUUCAGAUAUUUACGAGUCAAAACAUAUAUUUAUGAAAAUGAUAAGAUUUACGAAAAAAUAAAAAGACAAAAUAACAACAAGGUUGAUGUACUGAAGGAUGAUUUUUUUAAUUAUAAUGAGAGAGAUGAAUUUAUAAGAAACGCAUUAACAAUUUUGUCAAAUGAGAAAUCUCUGAAGAAAUCGAUAAAUAUACACAGCCCUAAGAAGAAAAUAAAAUUUUUUCAAGAAUUAUCCGAAAGGCGAUUAAUUUACCUGUUAAUCAGAGAAAGAAGAAAUUUAAUAAAUUCAUGGAACAAAUUCAAAAUGUUUGAAAACUUCCGAGAUGUUUUAAAUUCUAAGUAUUAUUAUCAUAAAAAGAUUUCACAAAAUCAGUGGGAAUUUAAAGCUGACGAUAAUGUAAUACCUGACCCAAAUGAAAAAAAUGAUGACGAUAAAAACGCCCAAGUAAAAAAUAAAAGAGUAAAAAAUGUUAUCACGUUUAACAUUGCUGAAAUACCGCUCAUGAAGGACAUACCAUUUGACUUCUAUGACAAGAAUAAGUGGAACAACUAUUUCUACUCCUUCAGUGAUGAUGAAUAA